CCCGAACUGACACACGCCGAGCAGAUGUGAACGAGCCUGGCUGGAGACCCGCCGCAGCCGCUCCACAGCCAGCUCGUUAGCAACCCUGUCCCGCCGCUCCGCCCCGCCAGGUCCCAGCGGGAGAAAUAUGUGGCAGCCGGCAACGGAGAGAUUGCAGCAUUUUCAGACCAUGUUGAAGACUAAGCUAAAUGUCUUAACUCUUCGGAAGGAACCACUUCCCACUGUAAUCUUCCAUGAGCCAGAAGCCAUUGAGUUGUGCACCACAACUCCAUUAAUGAAGACUCGGACACAUGCUGGAUGCAAGGUUACAUACUUGGGAAAAGUUUCUACAACAGGGAUGCAGUUUUUGUCCGGUUGCACAGAAAAACCAGUAAUUGAAUUGUGGAAGAAGCACACCCUUACUAGAGAGGACAUCUUCCCAGCUAAUGCCCUCCUAGAAAUCCGCCCUUUCCAGGUUUGGCUUCAUCAUCUGGACCUCAAAGGAGAGGCCACUAUUCACAUGGAUACCUUUCAGGUUGCUCGUAUUGCUUACUGCACUGCUGAUCACCAUGUGAGCCCAAAUAUUUUUGCUUGGAUAUAUCGGGAAAUCAAUGAUGAUUUGUCCUAUCAGAUGGACUGUCAUGCUGUAGAAUGUGAGAGCAAGCUAGAGGCCAAGAAGUUAGCUCAUGCUAUGAUGGAGGCCUUUAAGAAAACUUUCCAUAGCAUGAAGAGUGAUGGCCGGAUCCACAGGAAUAGCUCCUCCGAAGAAAUGUCUCAAGAAUUAGAAUCUGAUGAUGGCUGAAUUUCAGUUUUUUUGAUGGUUAAGCAACAGCAAAAAUGGCCCUGGGAACAUAAACAUAUAUAUAAAAUAAAUGAACAACCAUUCAAUUUGGGAAUGAUGAAUUUCCAAAAUUUCUCUAAUCACCUUUUUCAUUUUUUUAAAAAAAGCAAUUCAGAAAAUUUCCUGAAAAUAUGCUUCUUUAUUAUAAUUACAUAACAUUGAAAUCUGCUGCUGGAUUUUGUUUUGUUUUGGUUUUUUUGGUUUUGU